GACAGAUCCACAACGUGCGAUUCCCUAGUUAGCAAGAAAACAGGUUAUGUGGAGAGGAGUCGUCGCCCGUCUUCGCUACUGUAAAACAGAAACAUAUGUUGAAACAAGAUCAGUGCCGAUAGUGAAUCGUAUGUUUGCUGAACAUGAAAUUGGCUCUUAAUAGCUCCCUUGUGUUUCAAAAUGGCAACCUCCAAGUGGACUGUCUAGGUAGCUAACUUGUUUAGCUACUUGCUCGAACUUCUUCAAGCUCUGCAUGUCAUACUGUAUACAUACUUUUGACAAUAUUUGCUACCGUUGAGGGCUUGUUUUGGCUUGCAAGCUCUUUAUUGCAAGCUCUUUACACUUUCGGUUGCCAGUGGUCGAGAUAGCUAUAACUUUGCUGAGUGGGAAUAUUGAAAGAGCUUAAGAAUGGGAAAGAAGAAAACAGGGAAGAUUGAACGGUCUGGGAAUCGGGGGAAAGAUACACGACACAAGAUGAAGGGGAAAUCAUUGGAGACUUUCACUGAGGAGAUGCAUCACGCCUUGCAAGCCAGCGAGGAGGCUCAUGCAGAGGGGGCAGAGGUGGUGAAGAUGCCAUGCCCGUUGGCAAUGUGGGACCUGGGCCACUGUGAUCCAAAGCGCUGCACAGGCAGAAAGUUGGUGCGCAAAGGCCUGGUGCAUGGGUUGCGUCUCAACCAGCGCUUCAAUGGCCUAAUCCUCAGUCCCAUGGGCACCAAAUACGUCACGCCUGCUGACAGGGAGAUUGUUGCUCAGAGAGGCCUUGCGGUCAUCGACUGUUCGUGGGCUCGAUUGGAGGAAACGCCCUUUAAUAAGAUGAUUGGCGCACACCCACGACUGUUGCCCUUUCUUGUGGCAGCCAAUCCAGUCAACUAUGGUAAACCCUGCAAGCUGUCCUGUGUAGAGGCUUUCGCUGCCACUUUUUGCAUUGUAGGGUUUCGGGACCUAGCAGUGAUAAUUCUCAAGAAGUUUAAAUGGGGAAAUGUAUUCCUGGACCUUAACAAAACCAUACUGGAACGCUAUGCAGCUUGCCAGUCAGAAGAGGAGCUGCUGGCUGUGGAAAAAGAAUACCAAACCGCAGCCCCCCAGGAGGAAGAGGAACUAGAUCCCUUUGAUGUAGACUCAGGCAGAGAGUGUAUGAAUCUGAAUCGGCCCAUGAGGAGAGAUGAUGACGAGGAUGAGUGUGAUGAAGCCGAGACAUCUGAAGAAGAAGAAGAAGAAGACCCAGAAGAGGAGGAGGAGGGUGAAGCAAAGACUGAUGGGAGUGCAGAGGACCGUGAUGAAGAGGCUUCCUGAUCUCUACGCUGUUAAUGUCUUUCUUAAAUAAGAUGGAGGUCAUCACCUGAGGUUGAGUUCAGUGUCUGUCCCUCUGAAAGGAGUAAAGGACCUGUGUGGACUGAUCGUGGGAAUUGAGAAUAAACCUUAUAGUGUCAGUUUUAUUAUGCCAAGCGCUCUCAGUGAUGUCAAAUCAACCUGAGCUAUGUAGUAAACAAUGCACAAAGAUGUUGUCAUUUGGAGUGAUGCACAGACAGUAGGUCCCAUGUAGGUGAGCGAUGAAAAGUAAUAGAAGCAAACUUGUGCCUCAGAUCUUUCAUAUUAGUUUAAGUGUAUGUUGAAAGAAAGGAGAAUUGUGACUCAUUGUGCUAAUAUGUUCAAAAUGUUUUUAUGACAUAAGCUCAUAAGCACGUUUUCAUCGAAUUGAGCAUCACUUUGAGUGCCUCUUCUGGUCUGCAAGUUGUAUGAGACAUCAUUUUGUAUGUAAACCUGCCAUCCCGAAAUUGUGUUCUUUUUAGCUGAGCAGUCUACAUGAAAAUACAGCAAUUUUCUAAUGAAAAAGAUAUAUGCUAUGCAGUGUUGAACACUGUUCGAUUUGCUGCUGUACCACUACCAAGCGGUCUGUGUGGAGAAGCUCAGUUAACAUCAAGAUGCUACAUACUGUAUAAGGGGAAGAAAAGUAGACCUGGGUUGAUAUGGUAAAAAAGGGCAUCUCUGUCUGACAGAGAAACUUGAUAUGGUGUUUGAGAAGUAGGCUAAAUAAUGUGUCCAUAUUGUAUUUUUUUUCCUGAAAUGAUGUGUCUUUUAAACACCCUGAAAUAAAUAAAACAAUUUAUGUA